AUGAUCCGCGAUCCGAAGCUGUUCCCGAACCCGGAAGAGUUCAUCCCUGAACGGUACCUCGAGACCGUCGACGAGCACACUGCGCGGCGACGCGACCCGCGCAAUUACGUGUUUGGCUUUGGGCGGCGGCGCUGUCCCGGCAAUCAUCUCGCCGAGUCGUCGCUCUGGAUCGUCAUGGCGUCGAUGGUCGCGACGCUCGAUAUGAAGAAGGCCGUGGACGCGCAGGGAAACGUCAUCGAGCCCACAAUCUCGUUCGAAAAUUCCGUGUUCCGCACGCCGAGCCCGUUCAAGUGUGAUAUUCGUCCGCGGUCGGAGCAGGCACUCAGACUUGUGCGACAGGCGACGGAGGCGUGA